AUGUCCAAGCCUGCAGUAUCUCGUCCUGCCAGUCGCGACGAGUUCGAGAUAGCGAUUGUCUGCGCCCUACCGUUUGAAUACAAUGCUGUUGUGAUUCUUCUAGAUCAGUGUUGGGAUGAAGAAGGAGACCCAUAUGGAAGAGCAAGAGGGGAUAACAACACUUAUACAACUGGGUCUAUGGGCGGCUUCAAUAUUGUCGUCCUGCUUCUCCCUGGCAUCGGAAAAGUCGAGGCAGCAGGCUCUGCAGCUAGCCUCCGAUCGAGCUAUCCGGACAUAAAAGUCCUUUUUUUGAAUGGAAUAUGCGGUGGCGUGCCGUUUGUGAAGGGCGAAGAACUCCUACUGGGCGACGUUAUUAUCAGUAAAACUGUUGUCCAGUAUGACCGCGGCAGCCGGUACCCGGACGCUUUCAAAACAACAGAUACAAUUGAUGCACAACCCGGUAGGGCAAGCAAGAACAUUCGAAGCUUCACUGCCAUUCUGGAGACAGAUCGCGGGAGCGACCGUCUGGAGAAGCGAGCUGCUUUUCUUUUGGACGUGAUUCAGCGAACUUUCGAAGAGAGAGAUCAAAGACACCGAAAGACUGUAACUUACGCAUACCCGGGGUCGUCGAAUGACAAGUUGUUUGAACCAAGUUACCAUCAUAAGCACCGCACUUCGCCAACAUGUAGAUGUUCAAAUAGUGAUCAGAACGAAAAUCUCGUAUGCGAGGCCUCCAGAAAACUUUCAUGCGACCAACUCGGCUGCGAUCCUGCUCGCUUAGUGCCGCGCAUCCGUAUCAAGCAGAAGAAACAGCUGGAGGAGGACGGAAACAUCAAAGAUGCUCAAGCGCCAUCUGUUUUCAUUGGACGAGUUGGUUCAGGAGAUACAGUGCUCAAGUCUGGGAUUGGUCGUGACAGACUGGCGAGAGAGCACGAUAUUCUAGCGUUCGAAACAGAAGGAUCCGGCAUCUGGGACGAAUACCCUUGUAUCAUCGUCAAGGGCGUUUGCGAUUAUGCCGACAGCCAUAACAAUAAGGACUGGCAAAACUUCGCCGCUGCCACUGCGGCAUCAGUUGUCAAAGGACUCAUCGAGCAUUAUCCCAAGACCGAUCAACGGGUUGCUGCCCUGGUUAAGAAUCCGGGUUCUACACAAAUUGAAGACUCUCGGGAGAACAGAGAAUGUUUGAGAGACCUACGCAGCACAGACCCUGCUGACGAUAAGAAGCGCAUUCAAAUGACCAAGGGUGGCUUGCUACGGGACUCAUACGCCUGGAUCUUGACAAAUGGUGCGUUUAUGCAAUGGCGCAAUGACCCCAAAUGCCCUCUUCUCUGGAUUAGGGGAAACCCUGGAAAAGGGAAGACAAUGUUGUUGUGUGGCAUUGCGGAUGAGAUAGAGAAGUCUGCUGCCUACAACCUCUCUUACUUCUUUUGCCAACAGACCGACUCCCGCAUCAAUAACUCAGUAGCUAUCCUACGUGGUCUCAUAUACAUGCUAGUCCGAAAGCAGCACUCUUAUGCCGCAUAUCCGGACAAAGUACGACGACGUGGGCAAGACCGUGUUUGA